AUGGUUCUUCCAUCCAUCUUGGUUCUGAUUUCGGGGAAUGGGUCAAACCUACAGGCGCUUAUUGACAAUUGCAAUAGCGGUAAAAUACCAGGGAAAAUUACACAUGUUAUUUCAUCGUCCUCCAAAGCAUAUGGUCUUGAAAGAGCAUCUCAAGCAGGCAUACCAACACUGACCCAUGAACUCAAAACAUACUAUAAAGGGAUUCCUAAGGAGAACAAAGAUGCAAGAAAUGAAGCGAGAGCCAAUUUUAACAAAGAUUUAGUAAAUAUCAUAAUUGGAAAGCUCAAACCAGAUGUUAUCGUGUGCGCUGGCUGGAUGCUCAUAUUAUCCUCCGAUUUCCUCAAGCCUCUCCAUCAAGCCAAGAUUCCAAUUAUUAAUCUUCAUCCUGCUCUUCCUGGUCAGUUCGAAGGAACGAAUGCGAUCGAGCGCUCCUGGAAAGCUGGUCAAGAAGGAUUAGUUGAUAAAGGUGGUUGUAUGGUUCACUACGUUAUCGAGGAAGUCGACAAAGGCGCUCCUCUUAUUGUGAAAGAAAUCGAUGUUAAGAAAGAAUCGCUCGAAGAGUGGGAAGCUAGAAUACAUGCUCUUGAACAUCAAGCAAUUGUUGAAGGAACUAUUGAAGUUUUAAAGCAACUCAAUGCCAAAUGA